AUGCGCUUCAACGUGGGUGCGGCGCAGAAGCUCAUCAGCUCGGACUGCUUCCGGCUGCUGAGUUUGGCGCCCGAAGUGCAGAACGAUGUCGAAGUGCUGAAGACCGUGCUCGAAGAGCUGGAGGUGAUGCGGCUGAGCCAAGCGCUGGGGAUGCUGUCGUCCAUCAACCCCAAGGACUUUGAGAUGGAGAUGCUGGAGGCCCGCGAGUUCGACGACGACUUUGCCAUUUUCCUCCGGAAGGAGGUCUUUGGGAGGGACGAGAACCGCGAGACUGGCGGCGUCAAGGUCGUCUCGCUCUUUGGGAAGCAAGACGCGGUGCGGUGUGAGCUCGAGAGACUGAGCUGCUGGUCCGAAGACAUGGAGAAGAACUUGAAGGCUGAAGACCAGGGAAUCUACUGUGUCAAGCGCGGCGACGACGCCGGCGGACACUCGUUGGUCCUCUUCGGGUGGAUCCAGGACUGCUGGUUCCGGAAGUUCCGACUGCGCGAUACUGCGACGUACGUGCUGCGGUUCCUGACGUGUCUGAGCCCCGACAUGGUCUGCUGUCUGUCGGCUGAGGACGUGGAGCUGCUAGAGCGGACGGUGGCCGAUAUGAACUCCAACAGUUUGGACGCCUGGAAGUCGUUCUCCGUCGCGUUCCACGUCGAGCGGCAGGAGGAGCAGAAGGACGCCGUCAGCUAUGAAAGCCUGGCCAGCAUCCUGCUACCGACAGGCUCCGCUACCCAGAAGAUUCAACUGCUGAAGGGCAGCUACCCGGCGUUCUCGGUUGUCGAGCCAGCCCCCGCCAUGAAAAAGACCGAGAAGAUGAGUCAGCGGUUCGGCAGCGUCAAGGAGUUUGCGAGCUGGGUAGUGGCGGAGUCGAAGGAACGCAACCUGCGCGUCGAGUUCGGCGGAAUGGACUCGGACUCUUUCUGUAGAGAGAUACUGAAGGCAGCGGGGCAAUGGCCCGAGGAGGAGCUGACAAAGGUCAAGGAGAUGACGACCCGCAGCCUCCAAACCUCCGAGGAACAGGCGCACGAUCGCGCUCAAGCGCAGAUCGAGGAAUACCGCGCCGCGCUGCUUGGCCACAUGGACAAACUGUUCGACUUGGACGUGCUGUACAAGGCGGCGAAGGACGAACCAGCCUUCGUGACUCUGAACGAAUACGUGCAAGACGUUCAAGCGAACCGCGCCAUUUGGAGCAAGAUCGACUCGAAGACGCAAGCGACUCUGAAUUUGCCGCUUCGCCUCAAGAACCAGCUGAAGGCGAUCGCUUCCACGUUCCGAGACAACUUAGCGAAUGUCACCGAUGGGGAAGAUGUGACCGAGUCUCUCGCGAAAUUCAUGCACGACUUUACUGUCUCGGACACACAAGUUACCGACAAGAGUGACGGGUUGUGGGGGAGGGCUUGGAAACGAUUUUUUGGGCACGACACGUCUCUGAUGUCGGACAUAUUCCGUGAAUGCAUGGCAAAGCCUUUGGCUGAAGCGCGUGAAGCCUGGUUCGAGGCCGUGGAGGCCGUGCUCGCCGUCGCGGAAAGGGUGAUGACCAUCAAGUGGAAUGAAGAAACUCAACACUCGCUACACCAAUCGUGCGCAGCGGACCGGCAAAAGCUGGUGGCGGAUGCUUUUCGAGGUCUCCUCCGGUUUUGGCGAGAUGAGCACGACGGAGGUCUCGUGAUAACAGUUUCUCCGCGGGCGCGCCAUACGAUGGUUUACUGCGACAUACAGAGGGAGCACUGGAAACCCGCCACGGACCAGAUGAAGGUGUUCAAGCUGGCGCCGAAUGAUAAGGGAUCUUACGACAAGAUUGAGCUCGGUACUCAUCGUUUGGAGCCCGGUGCUAAAAUCCUCAAGGCGUUCACGAUCAAGAACCACUGCAUGAUCUUGGUGACGACGUCCCCGCGAGGUACGCUGGUAGAACGCGUCGAUUUUCCACUCAACCGACGCUGGUUGUUUGAGACUACCGGGAACGUGACAUUCAAUCGUUUGUUUGGUCGGACGGCGUCGCUAUGUGACUUCAACGUUCACGAACGAGUCAUAGCUUUCGUCGAGGAAGGCGGUCGGGUGGUGAUCUACCGCUUCAACGAGACGUUUUCGUCGCUGGAGAUCUACAAGCGCGUUGAACUGUCGUUGCGGACAUCGUUGACACUUCCCGUGGCGGAUGUGCUCCUCGUGGAAGGGACUUUAUACGCAACCGACAUGAAUGGGUCGAUUCAGUCUGUGAACUUGAGGAACCAGCAAACUUCACGGGAGGUGCAGAUUUUGCCGUCGGGGUCGCGUGCCCCCAACAGUUCGCUGUUCGCUACGGCCGACAACAUGGUGCUAGGUUUUGUGAUGGAAAAAUCGUCUGACGAUGAUCAAGACUCGAUAUUGUGUGCUGUCGCCAGCGAGGACUUUCGUGAUGUUCCUGUUAUCCAGUCGGGAUACAAUCUGCUGCCAUCGCGGGGUUUGUUGGUUCAAUGCUUUGACGAUGUGCUGUUUGCAGUCGACGAAGAGAUGAGGGAAAUCUCCGUUUACCGUCUGGCGGUGACGGUGAGAAGCGAGUCGUUCCGCAUCCAGCACUCGAAAGAGCAUUCAAUCAAUGGCAGCAAGACGGAGGCCGAUGAAUCGGAUGCCGAAGUGGGUCAUUGGCUUCGAGCCUUCUACCACACAUACGAGAAGUUCCCGGUGCGUGGGCUGAUUCGCAGUGUAAAUGACACUCGGGCGACAUUGAGAGUGCACUUGGCGUGUAGCUCAGCCUUGACGAAGCCCGCUGAAGAGAUCUGCCGCAGCUUUUUCCAAGCCAUGAUGCGCGACCUCCGCAAGCUGAACAAGCCUCUUGGUGGCAUGGACUUGGCUCGAGACUUGACGUUCCUAAAGAACUCGAACACUGCCAUGGACUCAAUUACAGUCCAGCCCCUUCGGUCGUUCCUCCAAGAGCUGAUCACGUUUGUUCCGAUCCAAGUCUGCCGUACUGAAGGCAACUCGCUCACGGUGAUGACUAACGGCAAGGCGCAGCCCACGGACACGCAGUCGCAGGACGUCCAAGCUGUGGACAUUGCGCGCUCCAUCCGAUUCGGGCUUCUGUCACCGUUGCUUGAGUCGUGGCAAGGGCGUUGCGUUGUCAUCACUUCCAUGGGGAAGCAGUCCACAGGCAAGAGCUAUCUAUUGAACCACUUAACGGGGUCUUCUUUCGCCAUCGCUGGAGCGCGCUGUACCGACGGAGCGUGGAUGUCGAUCCGGAUUCUACCGGGAAAUGUCCUCCUGGUUGUCUUGGACUUUGAAGGCUUGGGCUCUUUUGAACGCACGGAGCAGGAGGACGUCUUCCUGUCGGUUUUCAAUGCGUCCAUCUCGAUGUUCACCAUUUUCCGUAUGGAGAUGCGGUACGACAAGGAAGUGGACGAUCUGUUCGCUCGGUUCCAGAAGGGCGUGGCCUUGAUCAAGGGCGACCCGAGUCUUUUCCGUGGCAAGCUGUACAUGUCCGUGAAGGACGUGAACCCGAACGAUCAGAAGGGGGUCAUGGACGAGUUUGUGGCCAAGUUCCAGAAACUGGUAGGCGCCAACAAGGACAGCAACUUCUUGGUGGACUUGUACAAGGGCCAGCUGGAGAUCAACUGUUCGCCGCCUUUGGGCACGAUCAGCUACUACCAGUCGCUGAUGCACGCCCAAAACUUCAUCGAGAAUUCUCUGUGUGGGGUGGACACUGCAGGCUUCCGCAGCGGAAAGACGUUCCUGAACUGCAUUCGCUUGGUGCUCGCUAAGAUCGCAAUCCUAGACUGGACGUCGCUGGAUGAAGGCGCGAAGCAGUUCCAACUGUCCGAGAUCAGUUCGAAGCUCCCCGGUCUUCUGCGUACGGGCUGUAUUAUCCCGCAGGAGUACGUGUCGAGGAACGAGGACAUCGCGCAGUACCUGAAAGAAGACAUUGUGGUGGCGGGUAACGGGAGAGUGAUUGACGUUGACCUGGAGACGAUGAUCGCUGAGUAUCCGGCGCUGGCGGAGAAGUGGACGGCCCUCAGUGAGAGCGUGGACCUGGACGCGUUGGUAGACUGGGAGAUUGAUCUCGGAUUCGACUGCAGCUCCACGACGGACGAGAUCCUCGAACAAAUCCAUGGGGCGAUCAAGCAGCUCCUUCGACUGUUCCUUCGGCCAAACGCGAACAUUCGUGGGGGCAAGGUGUCGCGAGAGAUCGUGGACGAGUUUGACGCGUUCCUGGCCUUCAUCGUGCGUCGUCGUAAGGCUCGCAUCUCGCUCUGGGCGAAACAAAUGCUCGGAGGCAAAGUCUCUGAAGAAUGGAAAGCAGUGGAGCAGCAAUAUCUCGGGCGGUUCCAGAUGCUGCUCACGCGUUGCCAAAGUCAGUGUGACGAGUGCCGUUUUGGCUGUAUGAAAGCCGCGGCCCACUCGGGGACAGACAAACACGACUGCGGGGGCAACCACAAGUGCGCGGGUCGGUGCGAAUACUGCGAGAGCAGUGAGCACUUCGGAAAAACUCCAUCCUGCGCCAAAGAAGCUGGUCACGAAGGCAAAUGCGAGUGUGCGGACGGAGAUCACACGUGUGGCCGAGACUGCUGCAUGGCCAACUCGCCGAACUGCGGCAAGAAGUGCUCGCUGAAGCGCGGCCACCUGGACCUUCACAAGUGCGACGUUCCCACGCACACUUGCGGUGAAGAGUGCUCGGCGCAGAAUUGCUCUGGUCGGUGCGUCUUGAACGUCGAAGAGCCUCACACCGCGCACAAGUGCGUCGAAGUGCGAUGCAUCCAGAAGUGCGUCAUGGACGGCUGCAAUGAAGUCUGCGGCGCGAUGGACCAUUUCCACGGCCAAGUGGACGUUGCUGUUGUGUUCUCGGUGGAAAAUGACGACGAGAAGGGGGCGACCACGUUUGAUGCAGCCUCGGAAGCUCCGGUCGUGCACAUGUGCGGCAACGGACACGAAUGCCAAGCCCUGUGCGAGGAGAAAGGCAUCUGUCGCGUCGAUGUGUUCCUCAAGCAGUCGUCGAAGACAUUCAAGGGCGCUCGAGGCACGUUCCAGUUCACAUUCCAGGAGAUGAAUGGGUCUCGCAAGAAGUGUGCGAAGCUGUUGCCUCCUGGUCAGCAAAUGCACCAGGGCGCGCAUACGUGUGUCUGCGAGCGUGACGAGGAAGCCGAAGAAGGAGAAGGCGAGACCAUCCACUACUGCGACGUUCGCUGUCCGUGCUGCAGCUACUUCUGCCAGAAGAAGCACGGCCACUUCGGCUCGCACACGACGUCGCACGGCAACAUGCGCAACACGUACUUCCUGUCGGACGCCGAGGAGAUCGACAUCGAAGAGCGCAAGUACAAGGCUGGCGAGAUGGGGAUCGCUGAAAUGUGCAACUUGUACUGCUCCAAGAUGGGCCGUGAGCACGUGCACUACCUCGACUGCGAGCAAGGCAGCAAGCAGAAGUGCGUGUACUCGGGCAGCAGCUCGGAUCAGCGUCGCCACUGCACGCGCGCGCUAGAGCCGAAGCCCGACAAAGAGACCGACGAAGUGCUGCACGAGCAGUUCUGGAAGACGCUGGGCUGGGAGGACCCGUGCACGUCCAAGAUGGAGCUGGAGCUGUUCGGCAAGUGCGGCUACAAGUGCGACGCUCCCGACCACGACGAAAAGCCCUCGCACUGCAUCCUCCCAGCGUGGCACAAGCCCGAGCCCAAGCCCAGAACGGGCUUCGACGGGUUCACGUACGUGAGCGGCCACAAGUUCGAGUGCUCGCACGUUGCGAGCGGUGGCAAGAUGCACCAUGUCUUCGUGUUGGACUGCUCGGGCUCAAUGAGUGGGCGGCCUUGGAGCGACCUGAUGGCCGCGUGGAAGGAGUACGUCUACAACCGAAUCGCGGACGGAGCAACGCUGGACUUGGUGUCGGUCGUCACCUUUGACAACUACGCGCAGAUCGUGUACGAGGCGCAGAACAUCACCACGAUGACGAACGCGAGCGUUCCGUACCGUGGAGGGGGUACUACGUACGCUGCAGGCCUGCGCGCUGCGAACGAGGUGCUGUCGAGAGUGAACUUCGACACGUACAAGCCAGCGAUUGUGUUCUUCAGUGACGGCCACCCGAGUGAUCCGCUGCACGGCGAACAGCUAGCGACGCACAUCCGGGCUUGCUACGAGAAGAACGGGCUGCAGGCGUUUGCUGUGGGCUUUGGCAGUAUCAAUCUGAACAUAUUGGAGCGCGUCGCGGAGAAGCUGGGAGGCAGCUACCACCACGUGCUCACGGGCAACGAGCUGAAGGCGACGUUCUUCAGCAUUUCCGCCUCGCUGAGCACGCGCGCAGGCUUGGCGCUGACGAAGCCGGACCACGAGCGCAACUGUGUCAUUUGCGGCCAGGACUUGGCGUCUGGCGAGACGGUGAAGCUGGGGGCGUGUGGCCACGAGCUCCACAAGGCGUGCUUGGACGUGCUGGUUCGCAACGCUGAGCAAGAUGGCGAGCUUGCUCGCUGCCCGUCGUGCCGCCGCGAGAUUUCUGCUUGA